GGGGUAGAGUCACGAGUGGCCCCCGAGGCGUGGGAAGGCUGUGCGGGGAGCGUGGACGGAGCCGGGCAGGCGCCCAGCCUUGGAGGAAGAAUCCCGUCAGAAGGCCCCCGAGACUUCUCUCCCGCUUGGGGGGACCGGGACGCGUGUGGAAAACGCUGGGUUUGCCGCAGUGCCCGGUUUCGGAAGGUUUUUAGUUGCAAAACCUGGUUCUGUGGCUAGAGCUGGUUUGUGCCGAAACUGUGGCCGACUUAAUGCAUCCCAUCCCGAAAGGAUGCAGGCGGUGUGGGGAUGGAUCACCCCGGGCCACCUAGCUCCUGGGUCGGGGCAAGAGGAAACCAGCAGGAGCACGGGAGCUCAGCAGAGUGAGGAGACAGGCUCUCUCCGGUGCCUGGGUCGGGACACGUCGGUGGUGACCCGCUACGGAGAGGCGCCCGAGGUGGCCGGGUGCCAAGAGCCCCCCUGGUCCCUCGUGGGCACCUCCUGCCUGUCUUCCCACCCCUCUGUUCCCAGGACUCCCCAUCCCUAUUUGGUGCUCUCCCGCAGCUUGUUCCUUCCGGGCAGGAGCCGGCAGGUGCCUGAUUUUUCUCUCUGUAUUUCCUGGUCGGAGGCAGGGCAAGCUGCGUGGUCCUGUGCCCCGACAACGCUGACAGCUGCUCUCUGUGCCCAGGUUUCCACCGGAGCUGCUGCGAUGGAGCUGGGGAACAUCUCACAGCCUGCCUACGGCCCUGGCCUUGAGGCACCGGGGAGCAACACACCGGGGCUGGUGGCAAUGGCACACGGCUUCCUGAGGCUGGUGCAACCCAAUCCCCUGCCUGUAGAAAUGAUUGAUUUUGGGCAGUCCCAGAUGGAGUUCAACCAGGAGGAUAUCAAGGAGCUGCUGCUCUACGAGCUGGGUUUUCUGGUCUGUGCGGCCAUUGGAGUCCUCUUCAUCAUCUUCGUGCCGCUGGUGGGAUGCUGCUUCUGCUGCUGCCGCUGCUGCGGGAACUGCGGGGGCCGCAUGUACCAGAAGCAGAAGCCGGGGAUGGGCUGCCGGCGCUGGGCGCUCUGGACCUCCGUCCUGCUGGUCUCCGCUUUCCUCCUGGCCGGUGGUGUCUGUGCCUUAAUCAGCAACGCCCGCUUCUCCCAGGCUGUGAACAGCACCUUCCCCAAUGUGAACAACACUCUGGACAACUUCCACACCUACCUGGCCUCAAUUCCCCAGCAAGUUGAUUUUAUCAUUGACAACAGCGAGGUCCCGCUGGGCCAUGUCAACAGCAGCCUCCAGGACAUCGGGCCCAACCUGGGCACCAUGAUCACCUCACGCAUCAGGAGCAGCACGGAUGGGGCUCUGGGAUCCCUCCAGAGCCUGUUGCAAGGGAUGGAGAUGCUGGAGGCCAUCUUCUACAACAUCACCAUCGGUCGCUCGGACCUCGAGGAGCUGCAGAGCACAUUUGGGCAGCAGCUGAGCCACCUGCGGGACAAACUCAACCAGACUCUGCAGCGCUGCGGCCCCCCCUGCAACAACGUGUCCCUCAAUGGCCUUGCCUUCACUGCCAACUUCAGCACGAUCCCCAGUGUGCAGCAGCAGCUGGAGGCACUGCAUUAUGUUUCUAGCUCCAGCAUAGCGACUGAUUUAGAGAAGGUUAACGGAACACUGAACACAAUCCCGGACAAGGUGCAAGAGCAGUCCCAGGAUGUGGUGGCAAAAACACAGGAGCAGCUGGCCUUCAUCAGGCAGGAGAUCAGAAGCUUGAAGGAACAGUUGCCUUUCCAGGAUGUGGAGGAGAAAGCUGGGGCCUUUGUGGGCAAUGCCAUGUUGACGCUAGAGGAGUACAGGGGGCCGAUCAUUGCCUGGGAUGGGCUCAGGUUGAUUGUGUGUGCCCUCCUGUGCUGCACAGUGCUGCUGGUGGUCCUCUGCAACAUUUUUGGGCUGCUACUGGGGCCCCUGGGUCUGAAGGAAGACGUGCUGCCCACAAAGCGCAGUGGCCUCUCCAAUGCUGGCGGGAACUUCUUCAUGGCAGGGGUCGGCUUCAGCUUCAUCUUCUCCUGGCUGCUGAUGCUGCUGGUGAUGAUCAUCUUCUUGCUGGGGGGGAAUGUCUACAUGUUAUUCUGUGAGUCCUGGCGCAACCAGCAGCUCUUUCAGCUCUUGGACACUCCCGGCCUGAUCCCUGGCUUCAACCUCUCAGAGCUGCUGGGCCAGGAGGGUGACACGACAAACUUCUCAGAGAUAUACAGGAGGGGGACAGCUUGCCCUACCUGCUGUGGCUGUGGGCGGGCACUGAUGCCAGGGAAGGAGCAAGGUGUGACCUACCUGCACAGGCAGUGCCAGCAAGAUGCUUCUCUGUGGAAAACUCUGCACUUGGACCAGAGUGUGUCCCUGGAUGAGCUCUUGAAUAUCAGCCAGUACACAGGAGAGAUCUCCACGGCUUUUGAGGAGGUGAACAUCACCCUGAGCCCCAUCUCCCUGCUUGACCAGACACAGGAAGACAUGCUGCUGAAUGCCAGUCAGGCUGGGCAGCCCCCCAACUUCACCCUCACCUUGGAGCAGCUGGAGCAGAACAUAACCCAGGGAAGCCUCCUGGAUCUGGCCACAGAGUUGGAGCAGCUGGCAGAAAAAACGGACAUAGAUGUGAAAAAGGAACUGGAAGACAUAGCUCUUGAACUGAGGAAUCUGGACAAGAAGAUGCAGGCAAACUUCUCUGGACCACUGCAAAGCCUGAAGAAGAACAUCCACUCAGUGCAGAGCGGGGCUGCCCAGCUUGAGGGACAGACAAGAACUGCGCUGGACAAAGCCAACAAAACCCAGGAGUUCCUGGAGAAGGAGACUCCUAACAUCAUCAAGAAUGAGACGUGGGCCUUCCUGGAGCAGCUGUUGCAUUUUUUUGAGACCUACAUCUCAUGGGCCAAGAGCAGGCUGACAGAAGAUGUGGCACGCUGCAAACCUGUAGCUCAGACCCUGGAUAAUGUGGAGGUCAUUGGCUGCGACUACAUCAUGGACUCCGUGAAUGCCUUCUGGUUCAGCCUGGGCUGGUGCACGUUGUUCCUGCUGCCCAGCAUCAUCCUGGCUGUCAGACUCGCCAAGUUUUACCGCCGCAUGGACAUUGCUGAUGUGUACAGGAAUGAAGAAUUUGAGAUGCCACCUAUGUUCAACUACUCCAUGAUCCCCAGGCCAUCCACAAGGCAUUAGCCCCUGCCGCCCACAGAUGGAAGAAGAAAUGGAAAGGCCCCCCUGACUUGAAAAAUGUGACUAUUUAUUUUUACAGGGAGCCUGCUUCUUUCCAAGGCUGUGAUUUUUGGUGUCAAACAAUAAAUGGGAUAUU